AUGGGAACAAGCAUGAAGGUGCAUCAGUUCACACGUGGAUUCUGGGAGCACGAACCCUCCCUCACCCUCGGGUGCAAGCGCUUACGCCCCCUUGCCCCCAAGCUUUCUAAUAACACCGACACAACCACCACCACUGCUACUACUCCAUCUCUUGUUGCGCCUUUCGAUCUCAAGAGCUUCAUCAAAUCAGAAAGUAGCUCCAGAAAACUUGGAUCUGAUGAUAAUAAGAAAGACCCACCUUCACCACAAGGCCAGGUGGAAACGCAAAUUCCAGGAGGGACAAGGUGGAAUCCGACGCAAGAACAGAUAGGGAUAUUGGAGAUGCUAUACAGAGGAGGGAUGCGAACUCCGAAUGCUCAACAGAUAGAGCAGAUCACGGUCCAGCUUAGCAAAUACGGCAAGAUCGAAGGGAAGAAUGUGUUCUAUUGGUUCCAAAACCACAAAGCACGUGAGAGACAAAAGCAGAAGCGCAGUAGCCUUGGCCUUGCUCAUAGUCCUCGAACUCCCACCACAGUAGUGUCACCCCCUUUUAGUAGUAGUAGUAUAAUAACUUCUUUGGAGACAACGAGAAAGGGGGAAGUAGUAGAAAGAGACGAGGAAGAUAGCCCAUUGAAGAAGUGUAGGGGUUGGGUAUUUGAGUACUUGGAAGACCAAAGCUGGAAAGAAGAGAAACAAAGAACCCUGGAGCUUUUCCCAUUGCACCCGGAAGGCAGAUGA